UAUUUCCCUCAUUCUUGUGGUGUCUAAAAUGACAUAUAGAUUAUGACAAAUAACACAGAAGACUGAGUAUUCCAAUGUACAAGUUUUGUCACAACUGCUAUUGGCUAGCCGUUUGAAAGAAUGCAUUAAUAUCUCCGCUCUGUAUAUAUUUUCAAUUCAGUCUGGUAAAGUUUUUUCAAGAAGCAUUUGAGCUUGCUGUACAAAUCACAAAUGGCAGAAGAAGCUGUUAGUGGUGUUGAUAAGCUGCUAGAAGCUUCUAAUUCGUACCAUAUCCAUUCUCUUCUUUCUUCUCCAGACCGAGAUUACCUGGUUUGCAAUUCUGGUGAACAGGUUAAAAUUGAUAUGCUGCAAGGAAAGACAGUUGGUUUAUACUUCUCAGCCUCAUGGUGUGGUCCGUGUCAUCGUUUCACCCGGAAAUUAGUUGAUGUGUUCAAUGAUGUCUCUGCCAAGGCCGGGUUUGAAGUUGCAUUCAUUUCAGCCGAUAGAGAUGUUGAAUCUUUCAACAAGUUUUUCUCCAAUAUGCCUUGGGUUGCUAUACCGUUCUCUGAUUCUGACAAGCGUAAUGAGCUGAGAGACUUGUUCAGAGUAAGGGGGCUUCCACAUCUUGUUUUGCUGGAUGAGUAUGGAAAAGUUUUGACUAGCGACGGAGUUCAGAUCAUUGUGGACCAUGGAUUAGAGGGGUAUCCUUUUACACUGCAACAUGUUAAAGAACUCAAAGAGCAGGAUGAAUUAGCAAGGAGGGACCAGUCCCUGACAUCUGUCUUGGAGUCCCAGUUUCGCAACUUUGUAAUUACAAAUGAUGGGAUGGAAGUGCCUGUCACAGAGCUUGAAGGGAAAACGAUAGGAUUGUACUUUACAAUGUCAGCAUUCAGCGGAUCUGCUGUAUUCACUGAAAAGCUUGUCAAAAUUUAUAAAGAACUGAAGGAGAAAGGAGAGAGCUUCGAAAUUGUGACUAUUCCCCAAGAUACGGAUGAAGAAUCAUUCAGAAAAGGUAUGGAAGGGGCACCUUGGUUUUCAUUGCCUUUCAAGGACAUCAAGUGUGAGAAGCUGAGCAGAUACUUCAUGAUUUCGGCAUUCCCCACUUUAGUCAUCUUAGGGCCAGAUGGAAAGACUCUUCAUACAAAUGUGGCUGAUACAGUCACAGAACAUGGCAGCUUGGCUUACCCGUUUACUCCCAAGAAAUUUUCUGAGCUGGAGGAGAUAGAGAAAACCAAGAGAGAAAAUCAAACAUUGGAGUCGAUUUUGGUAUCAGAAGAGAAGGAUUUUGUGAUUGCAAAAGAUGGUAUCCAGGUACCUGUCUCUGAUCUUGUUGGAAAAGAUGUCCUCUUAUAUUUCUCUGCUCACUGGUGUCCUCCAUGUCGUGUUUUCACCCCAAAGCUCAUCGAAAUCUACCAAAAUAUCAAGUCAAAGAAUGUUGGUUUUGAACUAGUUUUCAUUUCCUUUGAUCAUGACCAAACCUCCUUCGACGACUACUUCUCUACUAUGCCAUGGCUGGCACUUCCAUUUGGCGAUCCAAGGAAGGCAUCAUUAACUAGUCUGUUCAAGAUGCGAAGCAUUCCCAAGUUAGUAGCCAUAGGGGUAAGCGGCAAGACUGUCACAACAGACGCACAGGACCUUGUUAUGCUUCAUGGCUCUGACACUUAUCCUUUCACAGAGCAGCACAUAAAGGAAAUUGAAGCCGAGCAUGAGGAGAUGGCCAAGGGGUGGCCACAGAAGGUCAAGAAUGCACUUGAUGAGAAGCAUGAGCUAGACCUCACUCGCUAUCGGAUUUAUGUGUGUCAGAAGUGUGGCAAGGAUGGAAAGGUGUGGGCAUUCAGGUGUGAAGAAUGCAACUUUGAUCUCCAUCCCCAAUGCGCCCUGGAAGAAGAAGCCAAUGAAAAGAAUGACAACUGAGAGAGCUCGUAGGGGUUGUGAUGGAGGUGCUUGUUAGAUACCUUGACAAUCUUGGUGGUGAUGAAAUAAUUACUUCCCAAAAAUUACACUGCAGAGCCUGAGCUGAGUUCCUUAAAGACUGUGGAAGGGGAGUAACCUAACGUAUCCAGAUCUAUUUGUCCCUGUCACGGGCUUUUUCCAAACAACUUGGCAAUCAAAUUACUGACUUUAAUGGACCGUUUAUGUGUA